AUGAGUUUAGCCAAUACAAAAGCCACAAAAUCAAGACCUCUUAUCAAUAACCCGAUAUUCCCUUGGUCUCAGAUAAAAUUAUUGCCAAAUGAUAAUAAUUUUUUUCCAAGAUAUGGUCAUUCUUCUUGUCCAAAUGCGAUUAAAAAUGAAUUAUAUUUCUUUGGUGGAAUAUCAAAUGAAAAAUUUAAUAAUGAUGUAUUCUUAUUAAAAACUAAGACUUGUAAUAUUCAAGCUAUCAAAACUACUGGUAACAUCCCAUCACCUCGUAUUGGUCAUACGCAUGUACGAGUGGGAUCAAAUUUAAUAGUCUUUGGAGGAAAACUUGAAAACAUUGAAGAUAAACCAGAUUACAAUUUAUAUGUUCUAAAUAAAGAGACAAAAAAAUGGACAAAACCAUCUAUAAAGGGUGUUACGCCUCUUGGAAGGUUUGGUCAUACAGUCGUAUUAAUAGGUUCUAUAAUGUAUAUAUUUGGAGGUUGUAUAGACGAUUAUUAUUUAAAUGACUUGGUCGCAUUUGACACAAAAUAUCUUGAUAAUAACGAAGCUCAUUGGGAAUUUAUUGAUCCAGCAAAUGAACCUCCACCUGGAAGGACAGGGCACAUCUCUUGUGCAUAUAAAGGAAAAAUUUACAUAUUUGGUGGAACAGAUGGUGAAAAAUGUUAUAAUGACACUUGGUGUUACGAUAUAAAUACAAGGGAAUGGACAGAGAUAACUUGUAACAAUGUUAUUCCCGUUCCACGUGAAAGUCAUGGGUCAGCUUUAGUUAACGAUGUUUUAUUUAUUUUCGGUGGAAGAACAAAAGAAGGAAAAGAAUUGUCUGAUUUAGCAGCUUAUGGAAUUAAUAGUAUGUAUUUAAUGGGUCCUUCACCCACUCCUAGAUAUUGGUUAACCUUAUCUUCUUCAAACCACAAGGUGAUGAUAUUUGGAGGAGAUUCCGCGAACCCGUCUAAGCCAGAUAAAGAAGGACUUAUUCACGUUUUGGAUACCUCAAAGAUAAAGUAUCCAAUCGGAUCAUACCCUCAAAAUUCUUCACAAUCUCAAUCAGCUCCUUCCCGUUUACAAAUAGUUUUAUCUUCAUUUCCUCAAAAGAAAUCACUUCCAAAGUUACGAUCGCAAUCAUCAAAAAAAGGAAAAGAAAUUGUUACCGAAAUUAAUAAUAAUAAAAAAAUCGAAUUAAAAGCAAGAAAUCCUGAUAUAAAGUCUUCGUCAAGACCAUCAUCGUCAUCAUCUUUUUGUAAUAUUAAUGUUGCAACAAUAUCAACACGUGAACAUUUAACGAGAACUGGUGGAAUUAAACGUCAAUUAAAAAAUCCUUUAGAGAAGAGGGAUGAUGAUAAUAAUAAUAAUUCUAGACCUUCUUUGAUAAUUGAUUCAAAAAAAUUAUCAGUUACGAAUGAAAAAAAAAAAAUACAAAAGGCUUCGCCUCAAAAAGAAGUAAAAAAUAAUUAUAAGAACACAGCGGACAUUUCAUCAAGAAAACAAUCACAACGAACUAAAUAUUUUGAAAACAAUAAAAUUAACGAAUCACCUAAGGGUGGGUUGAAUAGACAAAAUAGUGAUCGUUCCUCCAUAAAUCCAAGUCCUAAACCAAAAGGUGCAAGAAUGUUAAGAGAGGAGAAAAAUCAAAGAAAAUUAAGGAAUUUCGAAAAUCCCGAAACUUCUAGUAUCAAUUCCUCUAAAGAUUCUUCAAUCCCUAUUAAGGGCGCGUCUUCAGUUAAUUUAAAAGAAGAAAUUCCCGACGAUCCUUCACCGACAAUUCAAAUUACGUCAUCCAAAGACGUUUAUUUCCAAGAAAGUAGCAAACCACCACCAGUUCGUCCACCAAGGCGUCGUUUAUUUUCAGAUCCGUCAUCGGUUAACGUAAAACAGACGAAACGUGUUACGGUAACUUACAACGAAGAAGACGAUUUGAUAAUAACAACCACCCCUUCCUCUUCAAUAGCGAGUUCAGACGGUGAUCAUUAUCCGACGACACGAUUCUCUUCGUUGGAACGGGAAAAUUUUUUAGAAAGAUUAUCGGAAGCAGAUUUUAAAAUAUCCGAAUUAAGAAAACGCGAAAAGUUAUAUCAAGCUGAAAUCGAUUUGGCGAGAAAAGGCGGGUUCAUACCAACCUUCAGCUUUAAUGAAUCUAAUAAUGAUCUGUUGGAAAAUAUGAUUGAUCUUAAUGAAUUUAUUGACAUUGGAGAACCAGGAACUGAAAAAUUUAAAGUUAUCGAAGCUAUUAUUAAAUUAAGUCACCAAUUACAAAAGGCCAAGGAAGCUAUUUCGAAUCAAGAAAGGAUCGCUUCACAAAAGGUUUUAGAUUUUGAAAGAUUAUACGAUGCGUCACUGGAAGAAACGUCAUAUUUUAAAACCAAAUUCACCGCGUUGAUAAACGAAUACGAAACCGAUAGAUUAACGAAAUCCGCGAAUGAAGUUCAAGAAAUAAAGCAACAAUUAAGCGAAAAAACACAGAUAUUAGAAAAGACAACCAAGGACGUUGAAGAUGCAAAGGAUAAGGUUGAAUUUAUACGAGGAGUUUUUUCAAACAAGAUCAAUCUUGAACCAAAUGUUCAAGGAAAUAUGUCGGCCCGUUUUAGAGAGAUUUCGGCUCGAUGUGAUGAAUUAGAAGCUCUCCAUGAGACGGCACAUGAAGAGUUACGAGCUACUUUAUCAAAAUAUAAUGAAACCGUAAAAAAAACUCAAGGAACGUUAUCCACAAGAAGCAAAUCACCACUUAAUUCAUCAAAAGGAUCGAAAGGGUUCGAAAAAUCGCAACAACAACUUGUAGAUAUAAAAAAUAGAUUAAACCAGGUCGAAUUUGAUUAUCACAUAGCCGUGGAAUACACGACAAAUACAGAACAAAUAUUAAAUAUAAUGAAAGAUGAAUUAAUGCAAAGUAAUUUAGAAAUGGAAACAUUAAAUGAGAAAUUAAUUGACGUGGAAAGUCAUAAUGAAAAAUUAGAAAAUAGGCUCAGAGAAUUACAAGACACGAUGAAUUCUCAUUCCAACGUUAGAAAUUCCAUAUUACAAGAAUACGCAGAUCAACAAUUAGAAGAACAAAGGAAGGAUUUUGAAAGGGAGAGAGAAUCACUUUAUCAACAAAUUCAGGAUUUACAAUCCAAGAUUAACCUUGCAAAAGAAGAGAAGAAUCUAAUGUAUCAAGGUUAUGAAGCUUUAAGGAGAGUUUAUGAAUCUUUGAGGAGACAGAAUGAUUCAUUAAAAAAAUCAAACGAAGCAUUGAAGGAACAAUCUUUGGAAUCAGAAAAGAAAGGUAGACAAUUAAUAAGUGAAUUGCUUAAGAGGGGAACCGAACUGAAACGAGUAGAAGAGAAUUUGAAGCCACCCUUGGAAGAAAUUCAAGAGGAGAUGGAGCAACAUAGAUGGGAACAAGAAAAGGAAUCGUUGAAACGAGAAAUUUCACAAUAUCAGCAAACAAAAGUAGGCCUUGAGAAAAAUAAUACCGAAUUAAAACGAAAUGUAGAUGAAACGGAAGGUAAGAUUGCAAUAUUGUUGGAUCAAAUGGAGAAUGUUGUUGAUUCGUAUAGAGGAAUUGAAGAUAACAUCAGAGAGGGUGGUAGUCCCGCUUUGAUCGGACCUACGUUACGGAAUUAA